CUUCCUGGAUGGAAGAAUGAAACCAAAGACAGUUCAGUAGGUUUAGAAAGUCUGUGAUGGAACGCUUCCAGCACUGCCUUUGCAACAUUCUCUCUACAUUCAUAAGUGGCGCCGCGGGUCACCGCUGAAUGGACGAACAUAAUCAGUAGCCUAUUCUUCGACCAUUUUUUCCUCAAAUUGACAAAAUUGAGUCGGGGCUCGUUGGCUUUCACCUCUAGCAUUCACUUUGGGAAUGUAGAAAGAAAGCUUGGGUGCAUGUGGCCGACUGUGACAAAACUAUUUUUCUGCGGUUCACAGCCAUAGAUAUUCCUCGAAACAGAUGCUUAAUUGGUUUAAGUGAAUUGCCAUCAAACUACACUCCAUCUGGCACUGGAGUUGGGUUUGCGUCCUAUGUGCUAACGUCUGUUUUCUGCAAUCAAGUUUAUGUAAUUUUGUAGACCUCAAACUUUGUCACCCGGUGCCUUCUUAUUGCUCUCGAUGAGUAUUCUGACAUGCGGAGAAUACUGGAACCAAGUCACUGGUGGACCUUACCCAUAAUUUGUUCAGCAUUGGCCGUGUUUACCGACUGUCAUCCUGCUCUACAGGGUGGCCAGUCGGGGUCAGUAGGAGAGGAGCAUCAUGGGAGCAUGGGGGGCGGGGUGAGGGAGAGGAGGGCGACAGGAGGAAACUCCUACUGGGCUUAUUCUGGGACCCACAGUCCUGGGGGCUGGGCCUCCUCAUACCCUGAGUGUGCGGAGAGGAAUCAAUCACCAGUGGACAUCUCAGACGAGGAUGCCAAGGUGUCUCAGGAGUGCCAGGAGCUGACCCUCAACGGGUUCAACGCAGAGUCAUCCAACAAGACCUCCAUGAAGAACACAGGAAAGACAGUGGCUGUUCUGCUAAAGGAUGACUACUUUGUACGGGGGGCUGGACUACCUGGACGUUUCAAGGCGGAGAAGAUAGAGUUCCACUGGGGUCAGAGUAACGGAUCAGCAGGGUCGGAACACAGCAUCAACGGCAGGAGGUUCCCUGUGGAGAUGCAGAUCUACCUGUACAACUCAGAUGACUUUGACAGUCUCAGUGCGGCCAUCAAGGAGAAGCGCAUCAUUGCUGCGAUGGCUGUGUUCUUUGAGGUGGGGCAGAGAGACAAUCCAGCCGUAGAGCCCAUCAUCCAGGGACUGAAACGGGUCGUACACCACGAGAAGGAGACAUUCCUGAGUUCAUUCAUCCUGAGGGAUCUGCUACCAUCAUCGUUGGGGAGUUACUACCGCUACACAGGCUCCCUCACCAUCCCGCCCUGCAGCAAGGUGGUCGAGUGGAUCAUCUUAUCCAGACCCGUUUUCCUCUCCCACUCACAGCUGGAGGUGUUCUACUCUAUCUUCACCACGGAGCAGCAGGAUCAUGUAAAGUCAGUAGAAUACCUGAGAAACAACUACAGACCCCUCCAGGGCCUGGACAACAGGGAGGUGUUGAAGUCUGCUGUUAAAGAUGCCUGGCAGAGGGACCUGACCGACAACCUGGGACUGGGUACAGACGGCACCACAGACGCAUCCAGAGUCUGUAGCAGUGCCCCGGUCAACAUGAAGAUCCAGCCACUGAACGGCACUGCCCUGGUGGUGAGCUGGCAGCGCCCGCUAGUGGUCUACCACCCGCCUAUCACCAGCUUCAUGGUCUCCUACAGCUGGGUGAAGAGUGACGUGGCCUACGAGAAGACCUUCACCAAGACUGGGGACCAGAACAUGAAGGCGGUGAUAACCCACGUGUCUUCAGACAUCCUGUAUCUGUUCAGAGUCCAGGCUGUGUGCCAGAGAGACCUACGCAGUGACUUCAGCCAGACACUGCUCUUCAGAGCUAACACCACCAGGAUAUUUGAGGGAACACGGAUUGUGAAAACUGGAAUGCCCACUGUCUCCCCAGCCUCCUCGGCAGACAUGGCUCCCAUCAGCUCCGGAUCCUCUACCUGGACCUCCUCUGGCCUCCCCUUCUCCUUCGUCUCUAUGGCUACGGGGGGCAUGGGCCCCUCGUCCAGCGGCAGUCAGGCCACGGUAGCAUCGGUGGUGACCAGCACCCUUUUGGCCGGCCUGGGCUUCAGCGGAGGGGUCAUCUCCUCCCUGCCUGGCUCUCUCUGGCCCACCCAGGCCUCUGCAGCCAGCCCUGGGUCUAACACCGGCCCGGGUCCCAACCCCAGCCGCCAGCCUGCCCAGCCCCAGGCCUCCACCGAGCCCCCCACAGCCCCUCAGGGUGGUUCUGACACGGACACCCCCACAGAGGAGAAGGAGGCGGGGGUGGACAGGGAGACCGAGGCGGAGGAGGGCGAGGGAGAGGAGGAUGAAGGGGAAGACGACAGCAGGAGAAAGAAGAAUAACAAGACAGCGCCUGAUGAGGUGGAGAUGCAGCUGAAUGGCACUGUGGUCAAAGAGCCCACCUCCGUCCUCACCCCCACAUCCACAGCCAAAGAGAAAGGAAAGCCUGUCGCUAACAGCACUACAGUGCCACCCAGUGGAGGGGAGGACCAACUGGUCAGAGUGGACAGUAACACAGGGCCCACUGUGGAGCAAAAGAACGACACAGCAGAGAUACAGAUUCCCCAGAGCCCAACACGCUCCCCAAAGACUGGCGGGGAAGAGAAGAGCCUUUGGCCUUUCUCUGUCCACACCGACAGGACCAGUGUGUCCAACAUGACCCGCAGCCCUCACCCCGUGGUGGGCAGGAUGGAGUGGAUCAUCCCCCUGGUGGUGGUCUCAGCGCUCACUCUGCUCUGCCUCAUCAUGCUACUGGCUGUCCUGGUCUACUGGAGGAGGUUUUUCCAGACAGCUCACUUUUAUGUGGAGGACAGUAGUUCUCCCAGGGUGGUGGCCAAUGAGAACAUCCCUGUCAUCCCCAUCCCAGAUGACAUGGAUGCCAUCCCUGUCAGGCAGUUCAUCAAACACAUCAUGGAGCUCUACUCCAACAACCUGCACGGCUUCUCUGAGGAGUUUGAGGAGGUCCAGCGCUGUACAGUGGACCUGAAGAUCACAGCAGAACAUUCCAAUCACCCUGACAACAAGCACAAAAACAGAUACAUCAACAUCGUGGCCUAUGAUCACAGUAGAGUGAAGUUACGACCCUUGACUGGGAAAGAUGCCAAACACAGUGACUUCAUCAACGCUAACUAUGUAGAUGGUUAUAACAGUCCCAAGGCCUACAUCGCGGCCCAGGGCCCUCUCAAGUCCACCUUCGAGGACUUCUGGAGGAUGGUGUGGGAGCAGAACACUGGUAUCAUUGUCAUGAUCACUAACCUGGUAGAGAAAGGAAGGAGGAAGUGUGACCAGUACUGGCCCACAGAGAGCAGUGAGGAGUAUGGCAACAUCGUGGUGACUCUGAAGAGUACUAAUGUUCAUGCCUGCUACACACUGAGACGAUUCCUCAUACGGAACACCAAAGUCAAAAAGGGUCAGAAGGGCAACCCGAAGGGGCGUCAGAACGAGCGGAUGGUGAUCCAGUAUCACUACACCCAGUGGCCUGACAUGGGCGUGCCGGAGUACACCCUACCUGUCCUCACCUUCAUAGGGCGCUCCUCUGCAGCACGUACACCUGACAUGGGCCCCGUCCUAGUCCACUGCAGUGCUGGAGUCGGGCGAACAGGGACGUACAUCGUCAUCGACAGCAUGCUGCAGCAGAUCAAAGACAAGAGCACAGUCAACGUCUGGGGCUUUCUCAAACACAUCCGCACGCAACGCAACUACCUGGUUCAGACAGAGGAGCAGUACGUGUUCAUCCAUGAUGCCCUGAUGGAGGCCAUCCUGGGCAGUGAGACAGAGGUACCCGCCUGGCAGCUCCAUGGUUACGUCAACAGCAUCCUCACCCCCGGCCUGGGGGGACGCACGCGCCUCGACAAGCAGUUCAGGCUGCUGACCCAGUGUAACGCCCACUUCAUAGAGUGCUUCAGUGCCCAGAAAGACUGUAACAAGGAGAAGAACCGCAACUCCUCAGUGGUUCCAUCGGAACGAGCUCGAGUAGGACUGGCCCCUCUCCCUGGAAUGAAAGGCACAGACUACAUCAAUGCCUCCUACAUAAUGGGUUACUACAGGAGUAAUGAGUUCAUCAUUACCCAGCAUCCUUUGCCCCACACAACCACAGACUUCUGGAGAAUGAUCUGGGACCACAACGCCCAAAUCAUCGUCAUGCUCGCAGACAACCACGGUUUGGCUGAGGAUGAGUUUGUGUACUGGCCGAGCAGAGAGGAGGCGAUGAACUGCCUAGCCUUCACCGUCACCCUGAUCAGCAAGGACAGACUGUGUCUCUCCAAUGAAGAACAGAUCAUCAUCCACGACUUUAUCCUGGAGGCCACGCAGGAUGACUAUGUCCUGGAGGUGAGACAUUUCCAGUGCCCUAAAUGGCCCAACCCAGACGCCCCUCUCAGCAGUACCUUCGAGCUCAUCAAUGUCAUCAAAGAGGAGGCCAUGACACGAGACGGACCCACCAUCAUACACGAUGAGUUUGGGGCGGUGUCUGCGGGGACUCUGUGUGCCCUCACCACCCUGUCUCAGCAGCUGGAGAGUGAAGGGGCUGUGGAUGUCUAUCAGGUGGCUAAGAUGAUCAACCUCAUGAGGCCAGGAGUCUUCACAGACAUAGAGCAGUACCAGUACCUCUACAAGGCCAUGCUGAGCCUGGUGAGCAGCAGAGAUAGCUGGAUCAGCCCCCUCUACCUGGACACUAAUGGAGUGGUUGUCAUCAUGGACGAAUCAGACCCUGCAGAGAGCAUGGAGUCGCUGGUCUGACUGACUGGUCACUGGUCUGACUGGUUACUGAUCUGACUGGUUCUACAGGUUACUAGU